AUGGGCGCGCUGCUGUGGUGGGACCAGCUGCGGGCCGGCAGCUCGGAGGUGGACUGGUGCGAGGACAACUACACCAUCGUGCCCGCCAUCGCCGAGUUCUACAACACGAUAAGCAACGUCUUGUUUUUUGUUUUACCACCCAUAUGUAUGUGCUUGUUCCGUCAAUACGCAACCUGCUUCAACAGUGGAAUAUAUUUGAUAUGGACUCUAUUAGUUGUGGUUGGAAUUGGAUCUGUUUACUUUCAUGCCACCCUCAGUUUCCUGGGCCAGAUGCUGGAUGAGCUGGCUAUUCUCUGGGUCCUGAUGUGUGCUCUUGCCAUGUGGUUCCCUAGGAGAUACCUGCCCAGAGUUUUUCGGAAUGAUAGGAGCCGAUUUAAAGCUGCUGUGGGUGUCCUGUCUGGAGUUACUACCUGCCUUGCCUUCAUUAAGCCUGCCAUCAACAACAUCUCGCUAAUGACUCUGGGUGUUCCCUGCACAGCUUUGCUCAUUGCUGAGUUGAAGAGGUGUGAAAACCUGCGUGUGUACAAACUGGGUCUCUUUUCAGGUCUUUGGUGGAUGCUAGCACUUUUCUGCUGGAUCAGCGAUAAAGCAUUUUGUGAGAUUUGGUCCUCAUUUAACUUCCCCUAUUUGCACUGUGUAUGGCACAUUUUGAUUUGCCUUGCGGCGUACCUGGGCUGUGUCUGCUUUGCUUACUUCGAUGCUGCCUCUGAGAUCCCUGAGCAGGGCCCUGUCAUAAAGUUCUGGCCCAGUGAAAGAUGGGCGUUCAUUGGGGUUCCCUACGUCACUCUCCUCUGUGCACACAAGAAGUCACCUGUGAAGAUCACGUGAAGCUGGCCAUGGAAUGGGGAUGGAGCUUCAACUUAACAUUCCAGCACAGGCAGUAAUUAAAUAAUGAUAAAUUAAUAGGGUUGUAUUUUAUCUUCUUCCUAAGAUAUGCAGCACUUCAGGUGUCAUAGAAAGAGGAGGCAAGUGUGUUCUUUCCUCUCUCUGGAGAGGAGAUAGGAAGCAGGAGGGCGGAGACUCUUGGACACUAAAGUAGCCACUGGCUUCUCUGGUUGGCUCUGUUUUGCACUGUGUUUUCAAUGUAGCAUUUCUCUUGAUAAAACCUCUUUCCAAAUACCAGGGUCAAGGAAUGAUGUUUCUGCAGUAGGUCACCUCUGGUGUUUGAUUCACUUCUUUUGUAACUUCUGGCUUAAGGCAUUCUUUGCGAAAGAAGCCAGUCCAAGAUGCUUACGUGCCAUCCUGUGUCCUUCUCAGCUCUGAUUUUGAUGUGGUUGCACAUGGCCACAAGAGUGUGCUCGAAGCUUGUGCUCCUCCCAGCCUGGCGUGUAAUAUAGGGAAUCCGGCUGUGCAUCACAUUGGAUCAUAAGAGUAUGUGUUUGCUUCCCCAAGUACAACAGGAGACCAGUGCAAAGUGUUUGCAACGGGGGUAACUGGAUCAGUGAAGUUAGGCAGUGUAAAGGUGGGAAUAGCUGACAGGAGAUUCAGUCUCUAAAGGGUUCAAGGGUUUUGCAUUUUUCUGUAUUUCCACUGACCUGUGGACUUUUGUAUGCUGCGUAUUUUCCUCUUACAGAAAUGUCACAGAAAUCCCUCUCUACCUCUACAGACCCAUUUGGUCAUGAAUUUGGC